UUUAGUUGCAUUGAGACCUUCAGUCGCCUGCCGAAUCUCAAAGAGAGAAGAGCACCCUAUUGAUACAGAUUGAACAUAAUCAAACCAUCAUAUUUGGUUUUACUUCUAUUUGAGUACAUAUUCACCAUGGCUCCCAAUGGAAAACGUCCCGGACGAGGAGAUCCGGGUGGUCCAAUUGACGGCGAUCUCCAACAAUUAAAGCAACUCCUCCCGUCAUUAAACACGCAAAGAAAUGCGUCACAGGUCGAGAUCAUGCAAGAGGCCGCCAAAUACAUUGAUCACCUUCAGAGCAACCUGAUCUGCCACAUUCGCACCCACGGAUAUCCCGAUCGUUUGAAGUCCUUUGCUGCGAAAUCUUCCUAUCAGGACAAAGAUGGCAUCCAGACAACGCUCAAUUCCUACUUAGUCGGUCAAGGCAGACGGAAAUGAAACCUAUUCAACUCUAACCAAAAAUUUAAACCAAUUUCGAGCUCCCCAUCAGGAUGUCAAAACGGGUUCGAGGAAAUGGGGAAUCGAAACACAGUGGCAAUUAACGGCCUUUUUCAGCAGUGCCCGUGAUAAUCAUGCCAAAUAACUAACCUAUGAUGUGACAUCGACUUCUGUUGUUGCCGAUCACGCUCUCUUUCACACAACACAAGAAAUCAAUCCACUGAACUGAUACGAUCCAAUCUUUACAUUUACAUGUCUACUCACGGUGUACCUGAAGUUUGUUUAACCUAAUUUUUAGAUUGUUGAACUAAGUGCAUAAGUUAUUAAUCUCAAUAACCCUGGAAAUAAAGCAGAAUAUGAACUUAUCAUACA